AUGAGUGUGUGGAUUCCGCAACCUCGUGUGAUGGUCCGCAACGGCCUGUGGAAGUUAUUGACAGCUGAGCUAGAGACUAUCAAGGCUGAGCUACACCUCAGCGACAAUGAUUUCCUGAGAUUUUUCGAUCAGGAACACAUAUAUCUGGAUAGUCUGAAGCAGCCAGCUCUGCCAGAUCAGCUCUCUAUAUGUUAUGUUGAGGUACUUGACGAGCUUGCGGAACAAAGGGCUGAAUGGGAUCUCGCCCGUGAAUCUGGCAAUAAUGCCCUUACGGGAGUACAUGCUGGCAGUUUGGAACAAAUGAGUGCUGCACUCAAGCAAGCCCACAUCCAAGUUGAUUCUUCCUAUGCCAAAUUACAGCAUGCCAAGGUGCUUGUUCUCAGCUGA